GUCUUGUUUCUUCGGGACGGCGCCAUCAGCAGGUGGCACUUUGGUCUACAAGAGGACGGUGUGGUAGCAUGUCAAGAGACAACAGCCUCAGAUGACCUUAACACCACGGUGAAAGUCAGUGUAAAUGCAUAAACUGCAGUGCAUCUCUGUAGCCACAUUGGCGGCUAAAGUUUUCAGCAGAUUGUCCACAAGACUAAAGAGCAGUGGAGGAAGACCCUCAGCUCCACUGGGUUCACGGAUUCUGACCAAUCCUGAUGACAUCUUUAAGCACAACAUGUGGGAUCAUGUACAGUGGACAGAAGAGGACAAAGAAAAUGCACGGAAGAAGGCACAAGAAAACUCCUGUGUGCAAAUUCCUUUAAGGGAACAAGGUAAAUUUGACACAGAAGCUCACCAGUACUGGGACAAGUUUUAUGAGAUGCACCGGGAUAAGUUCUUCAAAGAUCGCAAGUGGCUGUUUUUAGAAUUCCCAGAACUGCUUCCAUUAGAUGCAAAUAGCCGAGCCACAACCAGGCGUCAAGGUGAUCGGCAGGUGGGAAUCCCAUCACCUGGUGGAUCCAACAUGGACUCAGAGACCAGCCACCAUCAACACAGUGGCACUACACAUUGUAGACCUAAUGCAGACUGUCAGACGGCCUGUCAGGGAGCAUCACAAGAGAAAAAUGAAGAUGCCACACAGACUUCUACUUUCCCUGGACAACAUGCAUCUUUCAGGAUCUUGGAGGUUGGAUGUGGGGUUGGUAACAGUGUAUUUCCCAUUGUUAAUUCUAUAAAAGAAACAGAUGCAUUUCUAUACUGUUGUGACUUCUCCCCACGUGCCAUUCAGCUGGUCAAGGACCAUCCAGACUAUGAUGACUCUGUGUGCCAUGCCUUUGUCCAUGACAUUUGUGAGGAGAUGGCCUCCUUUCCCUUCCCUCCUCAGAGCCUGGAUGUUAUUCUGGCAGUCUUUGUGCUCUCCUCCAUUCAUCCAGAGCGAAUGCAAAGAGCCGUGAACCGACUAUCUACAUGCCUGAAACAUGGAGGGAUAUUCCUCUUCCGUGACUAUGGGAGAUAUGACUUUUCACAGCUCAGGUUUAAGAAAGGACGGUGCUUAUCAGAGAAUUUCUACACACGAGGAGAUGGAACCUGUGUUUAUUUUUUCACAAAAGAAGAGGUUCAUGAAAUUUUUUCCAGUGCUGGACUGGAAGAACUUCAGAAUCUGGAGGACAGACGACUACAAGUGAACAGAGGAAAGAAAGUUGUGAUGCACCGCGUUUGGAUGCAGAGCAAAUACAGGAAAUCUUAUCCACCUUCACCAUCUUAACACCCCUCUAUGCAACAGCCUCAUUCGGAACUAUAUGCAUUUCUUUAUACUUUCCUGCUUAUUCAUUCAAUCAUGAUAACUGUAUCUUUUUUUUUUAACCCAAGGAGUAUGUGUACAACAACAAAACUGUAGGCAAUAAACUUGUUAGACAUGGUAAACAAAGCUGUGGUGUCGUC